GAAGAAGAAGAAGAAGAAGAAGAAGAAGCGGAAAAAGAAGAAGAGCGAUUGUUAUUGAAGUUACUGUAAUUUUUUCCAAGACUUCAGACACUGUUACAGAGUUCAAGGUCCCAUGAUGAUUAUGAAUUCACACCGUCUUCAUCUAUGACACACGCUCAGUGACGUCACUGCUUUCGGUUUUGCAUGUGUUACGUGAUUCAGUGUUUUCAGUGUUUCCACUACUACAGGAAUGGCUAGGAAUGAAGAAAAACAGCUUGGAAAAUUAAACCGGUUAUGGCUUCAGAAAGAAAGAGAGGAAGGUCGCAUUAAAGAUGUGCACGUGCCAAGACCGAAACUUGCGACGUUAAAUUCUGUUGCAGCCGUGAAAAAGUGGAUACCGAGCAUCAAGAAUGAAAUAGAAUAUUACCUGCAGCAGUCCCAGUUGUCCCACUACCCAGAGAGGAAGAUAGCAGAGUUCCAGCAGCAAAUUGAGCGACUGGAAAAAGAGUACAAGGCUUACCUUAACAAACUGCGCUUUUUAGACCCCAGCUGUAAACACCAGCUGUGGAGUCCCAGAGCGUACACUAAGAGGAGGACAGACUCUAACGGAGAUCAGUGCACUGGCAAGAGACUCUGUGCCCCUGAUUCUGGUGUUCAAACCAGUUAUCAAGAAAGUUGUGCCACAGCUACCAAAAAUAAGCUGGAUAUAUGUAACUCAUCAGAGCCAGAUCCUACACACCGCUCUGAUCUUCCAGACCAGGAUCUUCCACUCUCCUUUGACCACUCCAGGCUGGCAAUAGCAGUAGCUGGGUCUCGGGUAGCUUCCUCAGGACAGCAGAAUGAACGAAACACCCUGGCUCAUGUCCUGCAUAAAGGCCUCCCCAACCUGCACAGCUCAGCUUUAACACAAGUUCCAGGACUGGCAGAGAGUAAGCAGACCGAACCUCUCUCAUGCACUGAAGGCUCAAACCACACCACGAAUCUCCACCUCACCACCCACUCUGUUCUCAUGCAGACCCCUGAGAAUGCAGCGUGCAAGACUGCAAACUCACGCAAAUGUACACAUACACACAGAUCAUGUUUCAUGUGGAAGCUUCUGUUCCUUCGUGGUUGUCUGUAGGGUUUGUGAA